CUGGUUAAUAAUCUGAAGUGAACGAACGUGACGUGAUUGACAGAAAACUGCGUUCAGGAAAACUCCUUCAAGGUGCCACGGACACUGUUUGUUUCAAGGAAGAUACUACUGUUGUAUGAAUGAAGUUACUCAAUUUCUGUUGGAGAAAUGGGGAAGUACUACUACUGUAGAUGUUGCACCUAUUUCUUGCCUGAAGAUGAAAGGAACGCCAUCGCCAUAAAUAAGGAAAUCAAACACAUCCUUGCAGAGCAGAGGAAAAAAGAACGGAGAGAAAUCAAGUUGCUUUUAUUAGGCACAGGAGAAAGUGGAAAGACAACGUUUACGAAGCAGAUGAGGAUUAUUCAUGGCAAGGGCUUCUCAACUGACGAGAGGCGUAGCUACUCUAAACUGGUUUUCCAGAAUAUCUUCCAAGCUAUGAGUGCAAUAACAGAAGCCAUGAACACGCUAAAGAUUCCCUACUCCAACCCAGAGAACGAGGUUUAUUCCCAGUGGUUCCAGGAUCAGGACAUACAUCAGAUAACACAGCUGCAGAGAAAUUACGUAGAGGCUAUUCGUCACCUAUGGGAAGAUCAAGGCUUUAAGAUCUGCUACGGACGGCGCAGAGAGUAUCAGUUACUAGACUCCACUAAGUACUUUAUUGGUGACUUGGAUCGCAUCACAGCCGAAGGCUACAUCCCAACAAAUCAAGAUGUUCUUCAAGUCCGAUUCCCCACUUCCGGCAUCAUAGACUAUUGCUUUGAAUUGGAGAAGAUAACUCUCAGGAUUGUAGAUGUCGGUGGUCAGAGAGGACAGAGAAAAAAGUGGAUCCAUUGCUUUGAAAAUGUGACCUCGCUCAUAUUUCUAGCCUCCAUCAGCGAGUACGACCAACUUCUGGAGGAGAAUAACAAGGAUAACCGUAUGCAAGAGAGCUUGUCACUGUUCUACACGACCAUCCACUCAAUGUGGUUUGCCAAUUCCUCUGUCAUCCUUUUCCUGAACAAAAUGGACAUCCUGGCUGAAAAGAUUCAGUCCUCAGAUCUAAAAACAUACUUUCCUGGAUUUGAAGGUAAACGUCGGGACGUUCAAGAUGCCAUGGAUUUCAUCAGAAGUUUAUAUAUACACAAUGCAGUUUCCAACGAGACAAAGAACUCCAAACAAAUCUACUCUCACUUCACCUGUGCCACAGACACCAAAAACAUCCGCAAAGUCUUCACCGACGUCAAAGACACUGUCCUUGUCAAGGCCUUAGACGACUUUGGAAUUAUCCAAUGAGCCCUAAACGCACCUUCAGUUUGCAUACUCAUCAGCCAAAUGAAUGUUUUAUCAUUAUUUAUAACAGAGCAUUCCUGGACAAAAUGUAAUUAUGAGUUCGUUUUAUUGGCCUGUUUGUAUGCUUGGGCUGUUUUUAAAAAUUAAAAUUACACAAACAAAUAUGAUAACAAUACAAUAAAUUAUAACUGUAAACAGCCAGCUUAAGGUAGCUACAAGUAUGUUGGUUAAGUAUGUUGUUAAAUGUCAAAAUAACUCCAAUAUCAUACACUAGAGUUAUGUGGGGUGGGGGUAAAUUAUGCACGAUCUGAUGUGACGUCACAACCGUGUUGCAUUGUGGUCUAUGAAGGGUUGCUGCGCUCACGCCAUGUCGUAAUUACAAUAAUUUCGAGAUGACAACACGUUACGUUCUCAGACUGGAAAUAAUUUGUUUCUAUGGCAACAAUUUCAACGCCUAAAUAAAUCUGCAGAGGUCAGGUA